CCAUAAAUUUUCAUCUAUUUUCUGUUCACCGGAUAAUUAGGCUCUCUCCGGCCACCGCCCCCCGCGCCUCCGUCGUCUCCAGUCGCUAGGUUUUUCUGUUUCUUUUUCGCUGAAAGGAGGAUUGUUAAAGGCUGAUAAUAUAAGGUUCAUACUUAUAUGUGCAACUGCAUCUGUAAGCUGUAAUUUAUUGUAGACAACGACGACUGUUUCCGCCUCCCCUGUGCCUCUGGUCACUUCCAAAUUCAAAACUGCUGUGGUGGUUGGAUUGAAUUUUUUGGCCACACAGAGGGGUAGACUGAUAUAGAGUAGAGGCAAAUGGCAGAAGGAGCUGAAGAGGACUUGCCAAGGGAUGCAAAGGUGGUGAAAACCCUACUCAAAUCAAUGGGUGUUGAAGAGUACGAACCACGUGUGGUCCACCAGUUCCUGGAGCUUAUGUAUAGGCAUGCUGUUGAUGUGUUGAUGGAUGCACAGGUGUACUCGGAGCAUGCUGGCAAGACUGUGAUAGACUCUGAUGAUCUCAAGCUUGCAGUUCAGUCUAAAGUUAAUUUUAGCUUUGCUCCACCCCCUCCCAGAGAGGUCCUGUUAGAGUUGGCUCAAAGCAGAAACAAAAUUCCACUGCCAAAAUCAAUUUCAGGACCUGGAAUCCCACUGCCUCCUGAACAAGAUACCCUGAUCAGCCCCAACUAUCAACUUGCUAUUCCCAAGAAACGAACUGCUCAACAUGUAGAAGAAACUGAGGAGGAAGAAGAAGGUUCUGAUCCUAAUCCCGCAUCUAACCAAAACCAAAAUCUUUCCCAAGAUCGGACAGAUGUGCCUCAAGAGGCUCCUCAGCGAGUCUCUUUUCCCCUUGGAGCUAAACGACCAAGAUGACACUCUUAUCUAGUUUGUCACCUUCCACCAUCUUCUAUUUGCAAGGAGUCUGAAGAAAACCUUUUGCUAUUUUGCUGUAACUAGUUAGAGCUUAUGUUGUGCUAUAAUGAUAAUUUUAUUGACAGAACCUAAUCUUUUUCGUGCACUUUCUGAAAGGCAAUUAUGCCUAAGAACAUAUAUAUAGCAUAAGUUAAGGUGUCCUCAUGUCUGAUAAUCUAAUCCCAUUUCUUCUCUAUUUUCUUA